AUGGACACACUAAAGGGUCCAAAAGAAUUAAAUAAACCUUAUUUCACUUUGGAAUCUAAUCUUGAGCCGUCUGAUCUUAUUCAAACUUCUAAACGUCUUUUGAGCGGUUUAAGUCCUAAAUUAAAACAAUCAUUUCGUCUAGUAGUUUUCUUUAAAGAAAAAUUUAAUAUUUAUCUUCGUACUAUACCUGAUUUUGCUGAAGCUGUUAAAAUUGCGAGAGAAUAUGUUACAACUACAUGCCUUAAUGUUUCACCUGAGAAUAAAGCCUCAUUUAUUAUAGAUUAUAAAGGAACAGAAAAAGGCAAAGCAUUUAAUCUUUGUCUAUACUUUUCUAACUAUAAAUUUACUAAAGAAGAGUGCAGUCAGGGAGAUCAUCCCGAUAUUGUUUGCAAAGCAGAUGUGGUAACUAGAAAUGGAAGAAAAGUUAAAUGCAAUUUUUAUUUUGCCACAAAACUUGUCGUGAAUGAACUAAGUGAUGAUGAUGUUAACUACAGACAUUAUAAUAAUGAAGCUUUAGUACAGAAAGAGGAAUUUUGA